GUCGCCGCGUCGAAGUCCACUUACUUUUCUGGGAGCUUGGUGCCUGGUAAACUAAACUACAGAGGAAUAAGUGGGGAUUUGGAUGUUGGUGGGCCUCACCAGUCCUCCUCCGCCUCUUCGUAGACGCCGACAAAGUCCAUCGCCUAGACGGCCAGUGACCGCGGUUGGUGCCCAGCCAGCGAAGCGGGAGCCAUGCCUGUCCCCGCUGGAUACCUCAGCGACUCCCCCGCUGCGGCCUUCGCAUCCUCGUCCUCGCUUAUCCCGCCGCCACCGAUAAACACCCAGCAGCCCGGUGUUGUCACCUCGCUGCUGUACAGCGGCUCCAAGUUCAGGGGCCACCAGAAGAGCAAAGGGAACUCUUACGACGUGGAGGUGGUUUUGCAGCAUGUCACCAUGGAGGAUUCCUACCUGUGUGGCUACCUGAAGAUAAAAGGACUGACAGAGGAAUACCCAACUCUGACCACGUUCUUCGCUGGAGAGAUCAUCAGCAGGAAGCGGCCAUUUCUCACCCGGAAAUGGGAUGCAGAUGAAGAUGUGGAUCGUAAGCAUUGGGGCAAGUUCCAGGCCUUCUACCAGUAUGCAAAGACUUUCAACUCUGAUGAUUUUGACUAUGAGGAUCUGAAGAACUCUGACUUUAUUUUCAUGAGGUGGAAGGAGCAGUUUCUAGUCCCUGACCACACAAUCAAAGACAUCAGCGGAGCUUCCUUUGCUGGAUUCUACUACAUCUGCUUCCAGAAAUCCACAGCAACGAUCGAGGGCUACUACUACCACAGGAGCUCUGAAUGGUACCAGUCUCUAAACCUCACCCACGUUCCCGAGCACAGCGCAGCCAUCUAUGAGUUCCGGUGACCCCGGCCGGCAUCGUGGAUCUUUGUGUUUUUUUUCUGAUGGACAGAGACUUGAGGCAAAGCAGAGGUCUGUGGAUGCUACUGAAGAGGAAAAGGAGAACAACCGGAGAUAAGAGUUUGGGCUUUGGCAAAGUGCAAACUCUUACAUGUUCUCAUUCAGUGGACGGACAGCUGAUUGAUCAGAGGACAGGACAGGACAAAUGAAUGUAUGUAUGGAUGAGACAAGAAGAAAGAGCAGUUCUGCUCCCUGGCUGGAGCUUGUAAAGUGAGAACCAGCAGCAGAGACUGGGUGUGGUUCAUACUUGUGUACCCUUUUCUUCAUUUGUUUUAACGUCUGGUUUAAAAAGAAAAAAAAAACA